CAUGCACCUCGAAAUGAAUAGUUAUGCGGGUGUCCACAAAGUCUGGAUCUUUGUCAUCAUCUUCCAGAGACGCUGUUGAGCCAUACGAGGACGUCAAUGCUGAUGCGGCCAUACCGAGCCAGUUUUUGGGGCGGUGAUAGAAGCUCUUGGGGGUGAAACAAAUCCGAUGUUCACCGGAAUCGAGGGCACUGAAGGUGAACUUCCCUGCAAACAGAGCUCGCAGAUGUACCACCUGGUGAUCAGAGUCAAAGGUUUCCUCGACGUCUACCAAGACUCCUGUAUUAGACCGGUCUCGGGGCGGUCUGUAUGUGUUGGUGGCCGGAUCAAGUAUGUCCAUCUUGAACUUGCCUAUGAGUAGCGUGUUUGCCGUCAACUCACGGUAGAAACAUCUUCGGGAGCCUGCUGCCACGUAGAAGUGUAACUGGGCACGACAUAGCGUGACAGAUAGCAGAAGUAGUACCACAAGGAGGAGGUGUGGAGUAGCGAAAAGCCGUGAUACCGGAGAUUUGUUUAAUACCGCCAUGUAACCAAAAGUGGGAGAAUGAUGUGUGAAUCCCGUGAUUGGUUGUGUGUAAGGGGAUUGUGGGAUGUGGGUCUGGUCGCGCACGCUGGUUACAAACUUCUCAGGUUGUGCGAAGGAUGAUGGUGUGGGAGUCUGGACACCGAGUAUGCAAAGUCUAUAGCGAGCGACUCCGAGACCUUUGUGUGUGUGUGUGUGUCUGAUUGAGAGCCUUUUUUUAUUUUUAUUUUUAUUUAAUUUUUUUUGGCGGGUGGGUUGGCUGCGUGUUUUUGUUUGUUUUUCCAUAUAGACGUGAAGAAGGCACUUAGGGGCCCAGAAUAGAGGUUGGGAAAGGCAGUAGAAGCACAGAACGGAUCCAUACAGACUCCUUAUACAUACAGUUUUUCUUUUUUUUUUUCCAGUCGUAGUGUAGGAUGAACUUAUCACUUCAGGAUCCAUUUGCAGUUGCCAAGGAGUUCCCGGAGACGCUCACCCAUACGCUUCUGGCAGGCGGACAUUCUGUGAUCAUCCAAUUCAAUUAUAAGGGAGACUACCUUGCCUCCGGGUUGAGCGACGGGUCGAUCGUGGUGUACGAUCUCGCGAGCAAUGGUGGGGUGGUGGCACAUCUACAGAAGGACGGCCAUAUCAGAGCCGUGACAUCAUUAUGUUGGUCCCGAUGUGGACGGUACCUUCUAAGUUCCUCGCAGGAUUGGUCAUGCAAAUUGUGGGACCUUUCGAGGGCCAAUUCCCCCGAUAGACAAGUACUGGCGGUGAUACGAAGUGUUCGAUUCGAUGGACCAAUAUGGCUGGCAGUGUUACAUCCAUCCAAUCCUUUCCAAUUUACAGCUUCGUUGUACGAAGAUAACCCUGUUUAUGUAGACACUACAGAUGAGGACAAGGUGGUGAUUACUACACUCCAGACCCAGCCAUUCGAGGCUAAUGAAGGAGAAAACUCCACCGAAAGAAGAACCCCAGAUACAGAACCAGAAACAAAGAAAAAGAAAACAGAAAAGCACAUGACGUUGGUGACUACAUUUGAACCCAGACAGGGGAAAUACAUCUUCACAGGAACGAGCAAAGGUUGGCUCAACAUCAUUUCCUCAGAGACUCUACAAACGGUCCAUUCGGUCAAGAUUGCCAACUCCAACAUUAAAAACCUUGUGAUAUCCUCCAACGGGAGGAAACUUGCCAUCAACUCGUCUGAUAGAGUCAUCAGACAGAUAAAUUUGCCGGAUUUCGUCAAUGACCUGAAUACCCCUGAGCUCUGGGAGUUUGAGGUGGAACACAAAUACCAAGACGUGGUGAAUCGGCUCCAAUGGAAUUCUGUGGCAUUCAAUCACAAUGCCGAAUUUCUUGUGGCUUCAACGUUUGGCCAGUCUUCCCAGGACUUGUAUGUGUGGGAAACAUCACUUGGGUCACUUGUGAAGAUUCUUGAAGGGAGUAACGAAGAGCUUAUUGAUGUGAAAUGGAAUUACUCGCGAUGCAUGAUCGGAUCGACAGGGUUGGAUAGCGGGUGUGUAUAUCUCUGGCUGGUACAAUUCCCGCAGAAAUGGAGUGCAUUGGCGCCCGAUUUCGUCGAAAUUGAAGAAAAUAUCGAGUAUGAUGAAAAGGAAGAUGAGUUUGACAUAGUAGAUGAUGAGAUUUUGGUGCAGAAACGAUUAGAACAAGAAGAAGAUUUGGUGGUUGAUAUCACCACUAUGGAAAAAUUCGACGCAAGAGGUUUCGAUAUUGAAGAGUCGUUUGUAAUCCCUGUGAAAUACGAGUAGGAAUAACAAUAGUAAUAAUAAGAUAAUCAAGAUACUAAUGUGAAAUUUUGAACCAGU